AAUAUUUUUGUAACUUUUUAUAUGACUUGGAAUACAAUUUUAACUCUGCGAUAUGCAAAAAGCAAACCGUAUUAUUAAAUUCUAUCUACUGUCAUUGAAAACUAAUAACAAUUAUUUUAUAUCAUAUCCGAUAAUGGAAUACGUAUUCAAAGUAGCAAAAGUAGUGACACAUGGUGUAUUUUUUGCAAAUGCGCCGCGUAUUUGUCAGCUGACAUAAAAACCGAGAAAUUCUUAGUUUUUUCGUUACUUCCUCAAUUAAAAAACUUAUGAUCUAAGUCAAGCUGAUAAAAGGAUCUUUACAUUUAUUCGCAUAGUUUUUAAAACGCUAACAAAUACUAACCAAAUUUUAAAAAAAUAUCUAUUAUUUGAACUUCCUAAUAAACAAUUCGCCCAUUUUUAUGCAUGGUAAUGUGUCAUCUGAGAUAAUGAUUUUAUAUUAUAUAAUUUCUUUUUGAAGAAAUGCUAUGGUGAUGAUUAAAAAGUAAAUGAGAUAUAUUUGAUCUCGUAUAGCGAGUGGCGUCAUAAAAAAAAAUGACUGACUCUUCAUCCUCCGGCGUAUCUGCCAUUGUAAGGAUAAUUAGCAAGAUAGUGACAUUUGUAAAGGGUAUUGCUCGAACAAGCUUUGUAAUAUUAAAUAAUAUUUAUUGUAUACCUACGUAUAUAGUAUGGAUGACUUUAUUGUAUCCUGUGAAAGUAUACCAACCACAAAUAUAUUGGCGUAUAGAGGGUCUUUUUUUUCAUUGGUUAUUAGCCAUGGUUUCUAUGUGGACGUGGUCCGCCGGUUAUGACAUAAUAGAACAAGGCGACGAUAUAGAGAAGAUUAUUAGCGAAAGAACACUUGUUAUAGUAAAUCAUCAGAGUACCGGCGAUGUUCCUAUUUUAAUGACAACAUUUAAUUCAAAACCAAAUCUAUUGCCCAAUUUGAUGUGGAUUAUGGAUAGAAUAUUUAAAUUCACUAACUUUGGCAUUAUUUCUAUCUUACAUCACGACUUUUUUAUCAUUUCUGGUCGUAAACGAAGAGAUGAAAGCUUGAGACAACUGGAAAAACAUCUUAUAGAAUCGUAUAUAUCGCUCGAUCGAAAGUGGUUGGUUCUAUUUCCUGAAGGAGGUUUCUUGUGUAAGCGUCGUGAAACAUCACAAAAAUAUGCUAAGAAAAAUAACUUGCCUAUCCUAGAGAAUGUGUCUCUACCUAGAGUAGGAGCAAUGCAGAUAAUAUUUGAUACUGUCGGUCCAGCGGAGGAUAACGAAGCGCAACAUGACCACUUAGGCAACAAAAUAAGUACGGCAGUAGCACCAGAUGAAAUCACUUGGGUUCUUGAUAUAACAAUAGCAUAUCCUCAGGGUAAACCUAUUGAUUUACUUACAAUUAUAACUGGUUCGAGAUCACCUUGCGAAACGGUUUUGUUUUAUCGAGUUUAUCCUAGUAAAGUGGUCCCACGUAAACCAGAACUAUUGUCUAAAUGGUUGUAUGAUAGAUGGGCAGAAAAAGAAUUGCUUUUGGAAAAUUUUUAUAAACAUGGCGCAUUUCUUGAUAAAAGUGGAUCAACUGCGAAAGGUUCAAAAAUCCAACAGGAUCCAUUAAGAUUCCUAGUCCUUCAUUUAUUUUUCAUAACAUCUAGUUAUAUACAUUACAGUAUGCUUCAAUAUAUAUUAUCUUGCUUUUGGUAAAGCAUCCUAUGCCGAUUAAGCAUAGAAUUAAAAACUUAGGAUAAUUGUAAGACAAAAAGUGGAUUAUUCCUGCCUUAAACAAUAUUAACAUUUAUUAUAAUAAAAUAACGAAUGUAUAUGGAUUGUCAAUUCCAAUCGAACGUUCACGAUUUAGAUACAUUUUAAUGGCCAAUGCCACUUUUUCAUUUGAAACAAUAAAAGAAUUUGGGAUUUUGCAUGCAUAUAAUUAUUCUAUUUAAAACAAGGAAUUAGUAAAAAAAACAAUUUUCUAAAUAUUAACUUUAAGACAUAGGGUUUGACGUAUUUUCAAGUAAGUUGCUUUUAUUUUCAAAUUUCUUUUUAUUUGUCGGAAGCAACUAUAUUUUAUACAGAUGAAUCGUAUAUAUGCAUGCUCACAUACGUAUUAUUCUUGUUAUAUCUUACACGGAAUAAUUAUAGUAUUUUUCCAUGAAGCAAAUAAUUAUUUGCAGUAGUAAUGCAACUUCUUGAUAUGAUCUAUAACUUGUAUAAAACCUUCUACAGAGUUUGGUAACUAAUUAUUAAUAUGUAGUUACCAGUAGUUUAGUAUAAAAAUUUAUUUAUUUUAUGUAAGUGCAAAUUCAGGAGCAUUUAUUAAAUACUUAUUUGACACUCAUAUUUUAUAAUUACAAAAAAAAAACAAGAUCUGCGCAUUUUCUUAAUUGUAGUAAAUUAUAAAACUGGUGCAUUUUGCUUUUUUUUUAUAAAGACAUAAAUAUAUAUAUAUAUAUAUAUAUAUUUAUAAUAUAUAUAUUUAUAAUGCAUAAUAUAUAACACAUGUUAUGUAGAGUAUCGAUUUUAUGGAUUUAUCAAUUUAUUACAAAAAAAGUUAUUUUCUUUCUGCAUUCUUUACAUAAAGUACGAGUUCAUUGACACUUUAUUAAGUGCUUAAGGUCUUAACAUUUAAAGCAAUUUUGAUUAUAUCUUGCAUGCAUGUUUCAUAAUAAUUUGUUACACAUCAAUUGUGAAAUAUAAUAACAAAAUGAUAUUACCUUUAUAAAAACAGUAAUAAUUCAAUAUUUAAAAUAAGCUUCUAUACAUUCUGCAUUCUUUUGUCAUAUGUAAUAAGAAAGAAAUACUUUUAAAAGUACGAUUAGAGCAAAUUUUUCUAAGUAAUGGUAUUAAAAAUUAAUAAAUUUGAAAUCUUAUUGUGCUAUAUUGGAUUAACUAUGAAAUUUAAUUGAUUAUGUUAAAUAUUGAUAAAAUUGGAAAUAGUGCUACUUAGAAUUCGUUACACUUUUAUAUAAACUAAAAAACAAUAUUAUAACGUUAACAAAAAGAUAUAUUUAAAAUCAGUCGUGCCUUGCUCCUAUAAACAGUUUUGCUGUUAACUGUAAAUAGUAUGCAGAUGUUAAGCACAUAACUACGAUUAGAGCAGCACAUUAUUCAUUUUUAAGACAUUCUUAAAACGUGUCUUAUUUCCUUCUUAUAAAGUGAUAUAAUGUUAGUAUAAGUCUAAUUUAUAAGUUUCAUUGACGGAAAGUUGCCUAAUUAAUAGCUUUCCAAAAUAAAAGUUGUGGUAAAAAUCAAAAUAUCUGACGAUCCAAGGUUUAUAUAAGUAAAGAAAUUAAUGCACAUAUUUUUCACGAAACAUUUUAAUUUUGAAAAUAAAUGAAUUUAUUUAUUAUGAUCUAAGUUCUAAUAUUUUGUUAUUGGGUAACAAAUUAAACGAAUAAUAUUAUUGUAAAAUACACUAAACACUUUCGUAUGAUAUACAUAUAUCAAACCCGUACUUGUAAAUUACCAAUUGAAUAUUCAAUAUGCAAAAUAUCUGCAAAAAAUUUAAAAAGCAACUAACUUGUGAAGAAAAUAAAAAUUCUAUGUAACAAAUUUAAAUUUGGAUCGUAAAUAUCAUCGACAUAGUUCUAUGCGACGAUAAUCUAUAAUACCUUGGAGAAUUCACUCGUAAAUUCGUGUCACUUCAUAAGAUUAUUUGCAUUUCUUUGCAUUUAAAUAUCUACAAGUUUUAUACACCAAGUACAAAUAACGUUUACGUAUAGAGAUAUUAGUAAGACUAUAAUAUAAUUAUAAUUGCAAAGAUCUGCAAGUAACUCCAAACGCGUAUCAGCAGGUUUGUGAUUAGGAUUUCAAAUGUUCAUAAUUACUUAAAUAUACAAGUACGGUGCUAUUGCAGGAAUUGCAUUUUCUUUUGUGAGUUGCCUUCUAGUAAUUAUGAGAUUUUCGUUUAUAGAUUUAAUUCUAAACUUUCAAUAAAAUUAUUAGACGAUUGUACAGUAAGAUAUAAGCAUAUUAUGACAUAGACAUUUCGUUCACAGAUCAUUUCUAGUCCACUUUAUAAAUUUUGUUUAUAUUAAUGGAUAUUAAAUGACAUUUGUAUGUGAUUAAAUUUAUAUGAAUUUAAAUAUCUAAUGUGGUAAUAAAAUGGUAUGUGUAGUUCUAA